UGUGGCCAGGCCUUGUUUUUUGUCUUUUUAGCUUGUGACUCUGAAACGUUGGACCACCAUUUCAGAAGCUACUGUCUACAGCAGCUCCUUGUAUUCUAAUUCUUCUUGCAGCCAUGGCGUUCCAGUCGAAUGUGGUCAGCUCCCAGCCUCAGGUCACUGUGACACAGUACACUGUAUCCUCAGGAUUAUCAGAGUGGAGUACAGAUGUGUGCGACUGCAUGAACGACUGUGGCAUCUGUCUUUGUGCGACCUUCAUCCCCUGUAUCCUGGCUUGUAAAGUGGCUCAGGACAAUGGGGACAGCUGCUGCGUUGGCUGCCUCCCCGGUGCUUGGAUUGCUCUAAGGACAAGCAUACGCAGCAGAUACCACAUUAGUGGCUCUGUAUGUGACGACUGGGUUAUCAUGGCCUGCCUGACGCCAUGUGGACUGUGUCAAAUGGCACGAGAACAGAAAAUCAGAGGAUGAGAAGAAAAG